AUGUUCUUUCUCUACAAUAUGGAGCGCAGGGUCACCUUGCACCCGUCCUACUUCGGCCGCAACAUGCACGAUCUUGUUACUAGCAAGCUGCUGAAGGACGUCGAGGGCACCUGCGCCGGCAGCUACUACAUCAUCUCCAUCAUGGACACGUUUGACAUCUCCGAGGGUCGCAUCUUGCCAGGCAAUGGUCUUGCAGAGUUCACGGUUGGAUACCGUGCCGUCGUAUGGCGGCCAUUCAAAGGAGAGACGGUUGAUGCCGUUGUCUACUCCAUCAAUCCACAGGGUUUCUUCGCCCAGGCUGGCCCACUCAGACUCUUUGUGUCUGCCCAUCUGAUACCCAGCGACAUCAAAUGGGACCCCAACGCGACGCCCCCGCAGUUUACCAACAACGAAGAUACCGUCAUCGAGCCGGGCACGCAUGUGCGUGUCAAGAUUAUCGGCACGCGAACAGAGGUCGGCGAGAUGUGGGCCAUUGGAAGCAUCAAGGAGGAUUACCUAGGAUGCCUCCAGGAUUAAAGGAUUAUAAACAUCCAUCCACCCAUCCCUCAAGCCCCAUCACGAUUGAGCACAGGAACGAACGCCUCUGCGCUCCCAUGUGGCCUAAACAACGAGCGCCAAAUCAUUGGAGUCGUAUGAUCAGCUCGGCAAUAGGGCUUGAGUUUUUCGCCGGAAUUC